AUUUGGCUUAUCGAGAAACUAUCCUCGGGAUCUGGGGAUAUGACGAAGCUGGGGUUGCUCAUGCGUGGCAGGUUCAACACCAUCCCGAAUUGGACGCCUACUUGUCGUGAUGCAAGCCUGACCAAUUGGAAUGGCUCAUUCUUCUGCCACAACAUCGUGAGACAAUGCCAGAAUGUGAAGCUGUAAGCGCAGACUGCAUGGCGAUGGUCUUCGUAAGCAUCUCGCAUGGACUCAGUCACCACGAGUAUAAAUGAUUGUGAUGAUCCCAUUAGUAAACAGAACAUCAGUCCAAGCAAUACAGCAAUUCAACAACAACUCCCAACAGCUUUCAAAAAGUGUUCGCCAAUACCAUCUCUCUUCCACUCGAAAAAAUCACACUUACGCAAGAUGUCUCCUCCUCGCCGUGCCCUCAUCAGCAUCACUUCCGCUUCUGCCACCCUCUUUGACGGCAAAGAGACCACCGGCCUCUUCAUCAGCGAAGCUCUUCAUCCAUACAAGGUCUUGACAGCUGCCGGAUUUGAGGUCGAACUUGCCUCAGAGACUGGCUCUUAUACACCCGACUGGCUCUCUCAGCAGCCUGACUUCCUCAAUGGCGAAGACCUCGCUAUCUGGAACGACACCAACAGUGAGUUCCGCAAGAAGCUUGACAACAUGCCCAAAGCCUCUGAGCUUGACCCAUCCAAGUAUGGUCUGUUUUACGCCUCAGCUGGACAUGCAGCUCUGAUUGACUACCCCACUGCAUCUUCUCUCCAAAACAUCGCUGCUCAGGUUUGGGCUAGCGGUGGAGUUGUCUCGACUGUUUGUCACGGCCCAGCCAUCUUUGCCAAUCUCAUUGACCCUACCACCAACGAGCCUUUGAUCAAGGGAAAGAAGAUCACUGGCUUCACUACCGAGGCUGAGCACACGAUGAAGAUCAUGGACGAGCUUCGCAGCUGGGAUCGUGAAAUGGUCGAGGAAGUAGCCGCUCGUCUCGGUGCAACUUAUGAACGUGCUCCUGGUAUUUGGGAUGAUUUCCAUGUCGUUGAUGGUCGUUUGGUCACAGGUCAGAAUCCUGCUAGCGCUACUUCGACUGCCAAAGCGGCUGUAGCUGUGUUUGAGAAGCUUUGAGCUCAAGACGUGCGAUAGGAGAAGCGGGUGGUGAGAUUUCGAAGUUGUUGGUCGAGAUGGUUCGUAUCGUUGGUGUUGAGUAUUCAUUCGUCCAUUGUUGAGAGCAGUCCAUAUAACAAGGAUAAUUGAUUUAUCUGAUUCAUUUGCUU